GUCGCUCCCAAUUUUCCAGUUCUCGGUCUCUUCCAUAUUCCAUUUCCGAUUCCUCGUACCGAAUAUCGUCUUUCGCUCUUUGUUGGUUUCCUAAAAUGGCCCCGCAAACAAGAAAUCAAUUUCCGAAAGUGGUCAUUGAGAGAGAUUCAGACUCUGAGCCGAGCUCGUCAGAAGAAGAAGAAGAAGACCAAGAAGAGGAGGAAGUUGUGGAGAGCGAAAAUGGAGAGAGAAAGGAGGAAGCUUUGGAUGAGAAGAAGAAAGGGAAAGCGCCCAUUACCAUUAGUCUCAAGAAAGUUUGCAAAGUUUGCAAAAAGGCGGGUCAUGAAGCGGGAUUCAAGGGGGCUACGUAUAUAGACUGCCCUAUGAAACCAUGCUUUCUCUGCAAAAUGCCUGGCCACACUACAGUGACAUGCCCGCAUCGAGUGGCUACUGAGCAUGGGGUUAUCCCUGCACCCCGCAGAAACACCAGUAACCCAUUGGAAUAUGUCUUUGAGCGCCAGCUCAGACCAGGCAUUCUUCCGAUCAAACCAGCAUUCAUAAUCCCAGAUCGGGUGAAUUGUGCAGUUAUCAGAUAUCAUAGUAGACGGGUAACGUGCUUAGAAUUCCAUCCGAAAAACAAUAACAUCCUUUUAUCUGGAGAUAAGAAAGGACAAGUUGGAGUCUGGGAUUUUGCUAAAGUGCAUGAAAAGAUAGUCUAUGGAAACGUACACUCUUGUAUAGUGAAUAACAUGAGGUUCAAACCUAUGAAUGACGAUUCAAUAUAUGCUGCAUCCUCAGAUGGAACCAUUAGUUGCACUGACUUGGAGACUGGGAUUUCAUUAUCUCUAAUGAACCUUAAUCCUGAUGGGUGGCAGGGUCCAAGCAGUUGGAGGAUGCUCUAUGGAAUGGAUGUCAACUCAGAGAAAGGUCUUGUGCUUGUUGCUGAUAACUUCGGUUUUCUGUACUUGGUGGAUACUCGCUCUAACAACAAAACUGGGGAGGCAAUAUUGAUCCAUAAGAAAGGUAGCAAAGUUGUUGGACUCCACUGCAAUCCUGUUCAACCGGACCUUCUUUUGAGCUGUGGAAAUGAUCAUUUUGCUCGUAUAUGGGAUAUGCGUCGAAUGGAAGCUGGUUCUUCUCUGUACAACCUUGCACACAAGCGGGUUGUUAACUCAGCAUAUUUUUCUCCACUGUCAGGCAGCAAAAUCCUUACUACAUCACAGGACAAUCGUCUUCGCAUAUGGGAUUCUAUAUUUGGCAAUUUGGAAUCCCCGAGCCGAGAAAUUGUGCAUAGUCAUGAUUUUAAUCGACAUUUGACUCCUUUUAAAGCUGAAUGGGAUCCAAAGGACCCAUCAGAGUCCCUCGCGGUAAUUGGUCGUUACAUUAGUGAAAAUUAUAAUGGAGCUGCCUUACAUCCCAUUGAUUUCAUAGACAUCAGCACGGGACGGCUAGUUGCUGAGGUCAUGGAUCCAAACAUCACAACCAUUAGUCCCGUGAACAAGCUACAUCCACGUGAUGAUGUUUUGGCAACUGGCAGUUCGAGAUCACUUUUCAUUUGGAGGCCGAAGGAGGAAUCCGAGCCUGCGGAACAGAAGGAUGAAACUAAGAUAAUUGUUUGUGGAAGAGCCGAGAAGAAGCGGAGUCGAAAGUCUGGGGAUAAAAGUGACGAUGAUUCUGAUGAUGACAAAUUCACCUCCAAGGGCUCGAAGUUUAAGUCCAGUAAACCUAAAUGGAAAUUAACUGGCUGCUCUAAUAAGGUCAAACGCUAAUCUAAUACUAAAUGUGAACUUGGGAAGUCCUUUUUUCUUUCUGGCACUGAAGUGAACUUCGAAGCUGAAGUAUUCAUCAUUUUCUACCACCCCGGGAUACUUUUUGAGCUUUCCAUCCGCCAGCUCUGUACAGGAAGCAAGUUUUACUGGGAGCAGUAUGUAGCAGUUUAGUGUCUCAUUUUCUCCUCUUGGUUUUUGCUUUACAUUUGGUAGGAUGACUGCAGGAGGAAUGGAGGAUCCAUUCUCUUCCUUUUACUUUGUUGUACAAUACUAACAGGGGGUGCGUGCUGCCUUUUGAGUAAUAUUGUUACAGCAGUUGUGUUGUAUUUCA